CGGGGCAAGAACUGGGCUGUAUGACAUCAGGACCAGAAGCUGGUGGGGUUUCCGACACAGGAUGGGAAAACAAAGGCUGGAUGGCGUAGAGGAAAAGGCGUCUUCCUGGGGACAGACGCUGAGCACAGACGGGACAUGGAGUAUGAAGCAAAGAAAGGGAAAAAGGGAUUCGUGUCCCCCAUCAAGCGCCUGGUCUUCCCAAAGGCCUCCCGCAAGCAGGCUCUCAAGGGCAGCGCUUGUCGCCGGCGUCCCCUGCACUCCGUGCCUUUGUACCCUCCCGGCUAUCUCAUUGACCCGCAGAUCCUCCUGCAGGACUACGUGGAAAAGGAGGUGAAGUUUUUAGGCCAUUUGACCUGGGUGAACACUUCCCUGAACCCCUCCAGCCGCGAUGAAUUGUUGCAGCUAUUGGACACCGCAAGGCAACUAAAAGAGCUCCCUUUGAAGACCAGCUCUGAGCAGGACAGCAUUCUGAGCCUUUCCGCCCGUUGCCUGCUUCUCACCUGGAGGGACAACGAAGAGCUCAUCUUGAGGAUCCCCACGCAUGAAAUUGCUGCAGCUUCCUACCUGAGAGAUGAUGCGCUGCACCUGCUGGUGCUUAAGACAGGCCUGGGCGUUGACCCGGUUCCCGCGGGAGGCACCCUGGACCUUUACCCAGGGGUCUUGCAGCUGGACAAGAAAGGCCCGGCGGGAGCAGCUGAGAAGAGGCCCCCAGACUCUCGGCAGCUGGGGGGCACCAUGGAACGGCGCCACACCAUCUGCAGCCUGGACUGGAAAAUGGCCCGGGGUGGGCCGGAGGGCCGGCCCAGUGGCGGAGGAAGCCUGGAGCGGAAGCAGGCCACGGGCAGCUGGGAGAAGAGGCAGCGGGCCAGCAGCAGCACCGGCAGGGCCUUCGGCAGCUGGGAAGGGGGCCGAGUGGGGGGCAGCUGGGAGCGGGGCAAGACCUACGGCAGCUGGGAGCACCGGCACAGGGACAGCAACCCGCUGGACCCCAAGGAGCCAAGCCCGGACGCCUACUGCAACCUCGUCAUCCUGGCCGUGGCCGACCGAGACACUGCUGAGGAGUCGUGUGCUCUGAUUUGCCAAGUUUUCCAGAUCAUUUACGGCGACCAAACCAUUGAAUGCGUGGAUCGGGCCGGCUAUCACUACACCUCCACGCCGAAGCGUCCUUGGCUCUCCAGCCGGAGUGAGAGCUGUCGGACCGACGGGACGUACGGUUACGAAGCCGAUUUCAGCUGCUGCAGCUCCUUCGACGGCUCCCACGAGACCUUUGAGGCAUACUGCAGUGGGUCUUCCUCCCCUUUGCUUCACCAGUCGCAUCACAGCCUGGCAACAGCCUGCAGCGGGAGUGACCAGAGCAGCACCAGCCUGGAGCAACUGCAGGACUACAUGAUGACGCUGAGAAGCAAGCUGACUCCCCAGGAGAUCCAGGGGUUUGCCCUCCUGCUCCGGGAAUACAGGACUGGCUUGGCCAUGGAGAAAUACUGCGCAGGCCUGCUCCACCUCUACGGGGAAAAGCGGAAGUUCCUCCUCUUGGGAAUGCGGCCAUUCAUCCCUGACCAAGACAUUGGCUACUUUGAGAGCUUCCUGGAGAACAUCGGCAUCCGGGAAGGAGGCAUUCUGACCGAUAGCUUCGGCCGCAUCAAGAGGAACAUGAGCACCACCUCGGCUUCGGCCGUGCGGAGCUACGACAGCUGGUCUUUGCACUCUGAAUCUGGGUCCUUCAAUCGCCGGAUCGCCAACAUCACCCACGACAUUGAAGCGCUGGCAGGGGAUGAGGAAGAAGAGGAGGCCGGCCACGGGAGUGAUGAAGACAACUAUCUCUAACGGGGGACUGAUGGGCCUGGAAGGAGGAGAGACCCUCCUCUGAUUUGUUGCAUCCAUCUGCCUGGAACGGAAGAGGACUUGAUACAGUGGGGAAUUCUGGGAGAUGAAGUCCACCGGUCUUAAAGUCGCCAAGGUUGAGAAACAGCGCUCUAGGGUGAAAGCCACAAUGCUGAACCGUAAUCCCCGUGGUCUACCUGUGGCAUCUCCAGAGGCAUUGGCUUGAUUACUCUGAGAAACCUCAGAGCUGUGAAUAAAAU